UUGGUCAACUGCUUCUCGAGGCACCUCCAGCUCCAGCUGCCAUCGAUGCGUCCGCUGCAGAGUCGACUAUCACUCUCCCUUUUUCUGUUAGUUUUGGGUUGAGCAGACCGGCGACAUCACCGUCUAACAGCUCUCCUCUCGUUUAGCUUCUGUCAGAGCAUCACACAGACCGCAGCCACAAUGACGGAGGCGGAGGCGUUGGAGAAGAAGCAGCAGCACAAGCCCAGCAAUGGAAAUGUUCUUCCAGAGGCCACCAGAGAAGAUAUGUUUGAUCACACAUACAAAGAGAAGGAAGGCCCCAAACCUCCCACGAUCAUCGUAUGGAAAAAUGUCGCCUUGAUGAUUGUGUUACAUUUAGGUGCCCUGUACGGCAUGUGCCUCAUCCCUUCAGCAGCUCCUUUGACCUUGCUUUGGACCUUUCUUUGUUUUUUGACAAGUGCUUUAGGAGUUACUGCAGGAGCUCACCGCCUGUGGAGUCACAGAUCCUACAAGGCCACAUUACCUCUAAAGAUCUUUCUUGGUGUUGCUAACUCCAUGGCAUUUCAGAAUGAUAUCUUUGAAUGGGCUCGAGACCACAGGGUUCAUCACAAAUAUUCCGAGACAGAUGCCGACCCUCACAACGCUGUCCGGGGCUUCUUCUUCGCUCACAUUGGCUGGCUUUUAGUGCGCAAACACCCUGACGUCAUUGAGAAAGGCCGCAAGCUGGAGCUCAGUGAUCUGCUGGCUGACAAAGUUGUAAUGUUUCAAAGAACGUAUUACAAGCCCUCUGUGCUGCUCAUGUGUUUCUUCAUCCCCAUGUUUGUGCCGUGGUACUUCUGGGGAGAGACUCUGUGGGUGGCAUACUUUAUCCCGGCUGUGAUGAGGUACACCAUGGUGCUGAACGCCACGUGGCUGGUCAACAGUGCGGCUCACAUGUGGGGAAACAGGCCCUAUGACAAGAACAUCAACCCCAGGGAGAACAAGUUUGUCACGCUCAGCGCUAUAGGAGAAGGAUAUCAUAAUUACCACCACACAUUCCCUUAUGACUAUGCAACCAGUGAGUUUGGCUGCAAGUUGAACCUUACCACUUGUUUCAUCGACUUCAUGUGUUUCUUGGGCUUGGCCAAGGACUGCAAGAGAGUGUCCCGUGAGGUGAUCAUGGCCCGAAUGCAGCGCACUGGAGAUGGGAGUCACCGGAGUGGCUAAGAUUAACAAAGUGUGAUCAGCUUCAAGGCAAAGAAGGAAAUCGAAAAGAAGACGCUUCACAGUCCUUUGACAGCUAUACAUUUCUCAUUCUCUGAGGAUAACAGUCCGCUUCAUGAGGGCCUUGACCACAUUUUGCUUGUUUUUGUGGUUUUUGUAGCUGUAACUUAAGAAAUUCUUUAAAGAUGGAUAAAAAAACACACAUUUUGCUAAGCUCUUGGCCUUGGUUUCUAUUGUUCAGUCAGGCUAAGGUCUUGCAAAGAUGUUUUAGAUUUUGAAGUAGAUUCAUUUUAAAAGUCAACUUCAUUCUCCGCUGUUUUGCCACUUUGGUGUGCAUUCUUCAUGCAAGGUCAGUCAUGUAGCCAAUCAUUUUUAUGUAAGUAUUACUCAAUUAUUAAUCAACAAGUGGAGCACUCAACUAUAGAGUGACAAUGUUUCAACUGAUAUGGUCCAUUACUGAUUGGAGACUGUUGCCUUUUAUUGCUGAUUACAGCAAGAUUUUACAGUUCUGAUGUAAAUUAACUUUUUGAGCGCUCUUAAGAUCUGGAGAAAAAAAAAAAGUGAUUUGGCUUUAAGAAAAUAUGAAAAUAUGGCACAUAAUGGAGAUGUGAGGGAACCCAGACCAUCUUCCUUUGACCUGACAACCAGCAUGCCAAAACUGCAUGGAAACCCAGCCGUGCAGCUGCAUGUUUCUGUGCAUAACUUGGUUGUCUUCUGCAGAAAACCAAAUACGUAGAAGGUGUAGAGAGUUUAACACAGAGAUAGUCUGUGUGAUGAUUGGAUCAAGAGUUCUCAGGACAAUAUAGGGGCACAUUUAUCAUUAAAUCAAAACUGCCAUUCAAGAUUAACACUAAAUGAUAAAUGUCAUUUUAACUUGGAGCAAUGCGAUGCUUUAAUUGGCUUUUUUUGUGUUUUUAAUAGAUAUUUAGUGCCAAUUUUGUGACAUUUUUAUAACCAUCUCUACGGUCCACUAGAGCACACUAAGUCGAUAUUGCUUCAUGAUUGUGGAAGUUUUUUAACCUUGUGGUGUCGGCGCGGCUUCGCUUCCUCUCAAGACUUUAUGCAACAACGUCCCUCUUUUGUCCUGAAACAUCUGCAGCAGAGACCACCGGUUGAUGUCAUUGGUCGACGCAGCAGCCAGUCACGCGACAGUCCUGGUGUUACAAAACAAAUGGCCACCCAUGCACGAUGAUAUUACUGUAGGUGCCGUACUGAGGUGUUCUGUCGGCAGAACCGCAUCUAUUUUUGUAACAUGCUGCAGAGCUGCAUCACUUUUGGAUCACCAGAACUGUUGCCGUGGUGACUCGGUGGUGAGACGGGGGUCUGGUUUCCCUUUGAUGUCCUGCAAAGGCUGAUUGUCAUUGAAAAAUUUCAGGUGCAUCAAUGUUAAUGUUCAUCUUUGAGUCUGUUGUGCGGAAUGCUUAUAUUAUCUUAUUUAUGUAUUUAUUUCGUUUUUUUUUUUUAUUGACAUAAAAUUAUUGCUCAAACCAGAACCAGUUUCUGCAUUCCAAGAUUUGGUAAACAGUCUCAUAAAAUAUAUCAAAUUUAGGCACCUUAUUUUUUUUUUCCUAAGAGUCAGGAUACUACCUAAUGCCUUAUGACUUGAAUCCAUUCCUGAUCUUCAUGUCCUGUCAGUUUUAAAAAAAAAAAAAAAAAAAAAAAGGCUCAAGAAUCAGAAAAUGAAUCUGACCGAGGUCCAUGUUUACAGGCCGAAGCACCAGGUGGAACAUUGCUUUUAUUCUUAAACCAAACAAGCAUUUUUAAGUUAGGCCCAACUUGGCAUAGCAAUGGCAACACCGAGGUGCUGUAAAUGCAAAUAGAAGACAGAUGUUCGCUCUGAAGAAUCAGAUACAAAUGGGUUCAAUCCCCGAGAUUUAACUUGCAAAAAUACAACCCCCCCCCCCCCCCCCCGAUGGAUGUGCCAACUAGUUUUUAACCCAUCACAGCAUCUCCAUGUUUAAAAGUUCCAAAACGAAAAAAGUGCCGUCACGAGGAAUGUUCUGAUGAGCACUUACCAAACACCCUGAUGAUAUCACAAGCCAUGCAAACAACUCCUGCUGUUCAGAGCGCCAAAAUCAACAUUUUCCUAAUAUGACAAAGGAGAUCAAAAGGUUGUCAGUCUGAAUGAUUAUGUCAAACUGUAACUCUAUUCUGAAAUAAUAUUCACAAUAUUUUCAAUACACUCGUAAUUCCAUAAACAGUUGUUGCUCUUCUUUUUUCUUAUUUCAUAUACUCUCCCUUCACUUUCUCAGAUUUAAAGCUGCACUGUACAUAUUCUUGAGUUUUUUCUGAACUGGCUAGAGAGCUUCAUUUGCCACAUUAUAUAUUUGGCCUUUUGCUUUUCAAUAUGUUUGGCACAACUAGAGUCUGGUACAAAUUUAAAACUCCUAUCUGCCAUCUGGACCUCUACUUGUAAUUUAUAGGUUAUGUUUAUAGGUGAUAUGACUUGUCAGAGUUGUAUUCAUUUUGAAUUACAUUAAUUAGCUUAAAGCAUGUUUGAGCAAUGUAAAGAUCACAAUCACAUUUUGACUACCUGCAAACAGGAAGUAUUUAAUCUUGAUUGUUGUGAAGCAUUUAGGGGGCCAGAAACUGUCAGGGCAUCACAGUGCUGGAGAUGAAGCUUUCUGUUUGCUGUUUUCUGUUUGACUCGAAAGUAGAGUGUUGAUGCCGCAGUAUAUUUUAAGUGUGACCUUUCACACAAUUUACAAUACACUGCAGACACCCAGUGUACUAAUACUGAGAAACAAAAAGGAAGUCAGAGUCAGAUGUGGAAAGUACCCAGAGGCAUCUACUGCAACUUUAUACUGCACUUCCACUCUAAUACACUUCAGAGGGAAAUAUUCUACUUUAUUACUCGGCUGCUGCAUUUUUUCUUCAUAUUUUAAAAUCACUACUGGAUUCAUUUUAGAUUAAGAUUUCACACACACACAACACAUAUGAUCAGCUAAUAAAACAUGAUGAAACUUUAGCUCUGCUUUCACCAGCUACAUUGACUUCCUACUUACACCUCAUGCAUUAGUAAUAUAGAGUAUCAUAUGGUACAGUCUGUACAGCGCAUGCUUUAACUUUUGAUGAUUAACAGCUGAAAUAUUUCUUAUCUUUUUUGCUGAUUGAUGUAAUUAUUUUCCCAAUUCAUUGUUUUGUUUAUAAGAUGUUGGAAAAUAAUGAAGGUAUCCUAUUGAAAAUGUCUUGUUUUGUCCAACUAGUAGUCCAAAACCCACCCACCCCCCUUAAAGUGAUCAGUAAACUAUUAUAUAACAUCACAAGAAGUAUUCACAUUUAAGAGUCUGGAGUCAGUAAAUGUUUCAGUACAGAAGCUUUACUUGUAUAAGGGUAUUUUUACAUUGUGGUAUUGCAACAUUUACUUAACUAAAUGACCUGAAUAACCCUCAACCGGUCCUGUAAGUAAGAGGGAGGCAAAGGAUGGCAAUCUGCAGUUUUUUCUGGUAGGAAUCUAGCUGGGAUUUGUCUGGGGGGAUUUUCUGUUCCUCUGCUCAGGGUUUUUGCCUUCUGUGGUAAAAAAAAAAAGAGAUGAACAACAUCCAGUUUUCUGCUGACAUGAGUAGGCAAGUCAAAUAUAUCCCAACUAUUUAAUAGUGCCCGUUAUUAGCCUCUCACUUGCAGAUGAAUAAAGCACUCUCAAGAUGUGUAUAAUGGUUUACACAGGGCAGGGAGGAAUGUAGGACCGGCGUGUUCACAGGAGACUAGUUUAGGCUAUUGCGUCACACUUUCUCUGGUUGAGGAAGUCUGACAAGUUAUAAUUGAUUCCAGUUCAUCCCCCCCCCCCCCCCCCCC